AUGAAGCAGGUCGCGCUCCCGCUGGAGGACCUGCAUGUUUGGGCUCAUUUCAAUGAUGUUCAGCUCUUCCAAGCUUCGAUCGAACCGCACAUAAUGAGAGAAGAUGGCAACGACAAAGGGGGUGGCUUGGUCGCAAAGAGCGAGCAUGGUCCGGGAGAGCCACUUGUUGCUGUCCCCAGCGAACUGGUCUUGUCAAAAGAGCGAGUUGAGCAAUAUGCAAAAGCAGAUCAGGAUCUAAAAGAACUCAUCGAGGCAGCAGCUGCCUUGUCCCAGAAUCCUCGGACGGCAGUGCUAUUGUUUCUCAUCUACCAGAUGACGAUCAACAUUCCCAGCUCCCAGGGCCGUGCGCUGGGGUUUAACAAUCCUUUCGCCGGCUAUGUCAAACUGCUGCCGCACGAGAUCCUUCUCCCGACAUUCUACACCGCUGAAGAGAGGAAAUUACUCAUUGGCACAUCUCUCGCAGAAGCACUGGACCAGAAAUUGAUUAGUCUGGAGCGGGAAUUCGACAAUCUAAAAGCUGCAACUGCAAAGAUCCCCUGGUGCCAAGAGAUUUGGUGGAGUGAAUGUGCAGAUUGCUUGACCUUGGAAGAUUGGAAACUUGCAGAUGCCAUGUAUCGCUCUCGUGCGCUGGAGCUGCCCCGCAAUGCUGGCGUUGGCAUGGUCCCUGUCAUUGACAUGGCCAAUCAUGCCUCCGACCGCCGAUACAAUGCCAGGUUCGAGGUGGAUGAAGGCUCAGGCUCCAUAUUGCUCGUUGUCCGAGAUGACAGGAUCGUUCAACAAGGAGAGGAGAUUACCAUAAUGUACGGGUGCGGCGGAGCAUGCGAGAUGAUAUUUUCUUAUGGGUUUCUGGAAGAGCACGCGAGCAGUGCCAGGGAGAUGUUCCUCAGUUUGUCCAUCCCAGCCGACGACCCUCUACGAAUGGCCAAGAUCCGGUUGGCGCAAGAAGCACCAGGGGUCCGUAUCUAUGUCGAUGACUCAGAUCAGGUACGGUGGGAGAGCAGCUUUGUCUGGUGGGCAUGCGUCAACGAGGAAGACGGUCUAGAUUUUCGAGUGGAGCAGACUAUCGACGGAGAUGCGGAGCUGAAGGCUCUGUGGAAAGACAAGGCGCUUGUCACGGACACAUUACAGUCCAUCUUGCUUCAAGACCGCCUCCGAGACAUAUUCGUCCUGCGGGCCGUUGUAACGGUGCAAGAAAGGAUUGAAGCUCAAGGAUCACAACUCGCAGAAAGUGAAGAUCACUAUAUCAGCACUGUUCGCAGUGAUCAGGUCAGAGAGUCGGUAUAUGGGCCCAUCGGGAAACUUCGGGGGCUGGAGAUGAAGCUCCUGACCAGGGCCUAUGAAACGCUUGAGAGAGAGAAGGCAGGACUCCUGGAAUCCAAGGUUGUCGGUGACUACUUGGCACAAGGCCAGGCCGACACGGAGUCCCCAGCUGGAACCCCAGACGACUUUUCGUAA